AAAGGGGCUGCUUUGUCUGAGGUCUGUUAUCUGUUAAGUUCAAUCUGCAGCUGUUUUGAAGAGAGAAAAAAAAAGGAGAAAGUGGAGGGUACAGAGCGAGCAAGAGGCCAUGUUUUUGAUAAUGUGAAAAUGUCAGGGAGGGAAGAAAAAAUAGCGCUGUGAGUUAACUCAUCUGUAAACUGAGAAACAAGUGUUCCCUCAAUCAAAAUGGCCACCUUUGACAACAACACUACCCAAACCAACGUCAGUGCCUUCUACUGUCGAUUUAAUGAAGAUUUUAAAUAUAUUCUCCUUCCUGUCAGCUAUGCCUUGGUCUUUGUGAUGGGCCUGGCAUUGAACGCCACAGCAUUGUACGUGAUUGUGUUCCGCACAAAGCGCUGGAAACCAUCAACUAUCUACAUGUUCAACUUGACGAUGUGCGACACGCUCUACAUCUUUACUCUGCCCUUCCUCAUCUAUUACUAUGCUGAUGAGAACGACUGGCCCUUCAGUGAACCACUCUGCAAGCUUAUACGCUUCCUGUUUUAUGCCAACUUAUACGGUUCCAUACUGUUUCUGUGCUGUAUCAGUCUGCAUCGGUUUGUUGGGAUAUGUUAUCCAGUCCGUUCCCUCUACUGGGUCAGCGCUCGUCGGGCCAGGCUGGUGUCUGUGGCAGUGUGGGCCUGCGUUUUAUUCUGCCAGGCACCUGUUCUCUACUUCUCAAGAACUAGGGAUGUGGCCAAUGAGCGUAUCUGCUACGACACCACCAGCGCAGAGCUCUUUGAUGACUUCCUAGUAUACAGCUCAGUUGUGUCAGUGCUCAUGUUUGCCGUGCCCUUCAUGGUGGUGAUGGUGUGCUAUGGUCUCAUGGUGCGGAAGCUUCUAGAGCCUAGCUGGGGGUCUGAAGGGGAAGCUGGAGGGGAGAGUAGAGGUUUGGGAGCCCAGCGGCAGAAGCAGAAGUCAGUGAAGAUGAUUAUCAUCGUGCUAGCGACGUUCAUGCUCUGCUUCCUCCCUUUCCACCUCACCAGGAGUCUUUACUACUCUUUCAGAUACCUGAGGCAGGUCAAUCCAGCACAGAUCAGCUGUAGUUUGCUGGAGGCCUCCAGUAUUGCCUACAAGGUCACCCGACCUUUGGCCAGUGCCAACAGCUGUUUGGACCCCAUCCUUUACUUCCUGGCUGGGCAGGAAGUCCGCAGUAACCUGACCAAGAAGAACAAGUCAUCUUCGUCAUCAAAGCCUACAGGUGUGAGCCAGGGCCUGACAACGCAACUCUGAUCCAAUACCUGAAACUCUCCUGGUAAAAACAGGAAAAGGUACGGGGACUGUGUUUAUUGACAAUGUGAAGCCCCAUAACUGCUUCAAGGGUGCACUUUCAAAAUAAAAUAAUGCCAGGUGUCUGUUGAACAAACACAUUACUUCAGGUCUCUCAAUGAGGAAGCAAAUGUGUUUCCAAGAAAUAAUUAACACUUACAUAUUUCUUCUAUCUUUAAGCAAAUACAUGGGUUUUUUUUUCAUUUCCGUAUACAUACUGUAUUGUACAUGCAUAGUCUGCAUAUCUAGAAACAUCACUGUGAGAAACACCUUUGAAUUUUUUAAAUCUUACUUGACUGUCAAUAGUCGUAAACUGACGCUGAUUUAAAUUGUGCAAGGUACAGUCGAACACACUGCAUUCAGAUCUCCAUCAUUAACCAAUUGAAGUGCAUGUUCAGCCUUGACCAGAUCAAAAACAUGGACAAUACAGUUAUAAUGAUGAAAGGUUAUAAAUAAACAUCUAAAUCAAGUAGUGCAUUCCUCACUUAAAGCAUUUAAAAGAUUCAACCGUAGGAUAGAGAUCUUUUUCUUUUUAUUGUGAUGUUUAAAAAGCUAUAAUUGACUAAAGUAAAUGGUGCCUCACAGCUGUGGGUUUUGUUAAUGAUUGAACUGGAGAACUGCUGCACCUGAUGUUUGUAUGUUUGUGUAGGAACAAGUUUUCCUCAGCUCAUUUUCUGGACAAGUGGAUGAACAUGUUUGUGCCCCCCAUCUGCUUAGCCACUCUGUGCCUUUUAAGGCUUGCUUUGAAUGUUUUAGAGUAGGUGGUCACUCUGUACCCUAAAAUGUGAAGUAUGUAAAAAUCAUGUUAUAAUAAACACUUUGGCUAUGGUG